UUUUCAAACACGUUUCGUUUCUCCAAAAAUCCAGACAAGCACAGAGGCUGAAAAAAAAUGGCGGGCACUCUGGCUUUGAUACCAAGCAAUCCGCCGGUGACGUCAUCGUCUCUGAGCUCCAUCCGAGAGCGGUGGGAGGUCGAGUUCGCUCGCUUCUUCGGCUACCCUCCGCUCACCUCCACGUGUCCAGAUCUCGUCCCUCUGCCUAUGAAGGUCAGGAAUCGACGGCCGGUCGGUAACUGGAUCUCCGCCGCCUCCGCCGCCAUGCUUCAACUCAUUUAUGACCACUCCAGCUCCGACGUCAUCCUCACCGUCUGCUCCAGCGGCAAGAUCAUGGAGGAGCACUACGUGUCGAAGCUACUCUUUGCCUGGCCUCAGGUUGCAUGCAUGUCUGGAUAUCCUGCCAGGGGCAGUAGAGCCAUCUUUGCCAGCUACAGAGAUUCUUUGGGCCAGAUCCAGAAAUUUGCUUUUCGAUUUUUGUCAGUCAAUGAAGCAGAGAAGUUCAUAACUCUUAUGAAGGAGAUUUUCAAGGAAGGGAGGGAUAUUCAACCUCUUAAUACUGACUAUGGAUCUGAAAUUUCAUCACAAUCUGAGUUCAUGUCUUCUGAUAUACCUCUAAACAGAACUUCCAAGGACUUGGUUGUCAUGACUCCUGUUCACAGUCAUUCUCCUCAAAUAUCACCAAGCUUAAUGACGGCUUAUACUCCUCAAAUGUCACCAAGCUUAAUGAAGGAUUAUACACCUCAAAUGUCACCAACCUGGAAACAUGAAGCAGCUCAACACAGACAAACUCGGCACAUGUCACCUAUUCAGAACUUUCAGAGCAACUUUGCUGCCUUUCCUCCUAGUUUCACCUCAUUAGUGUCCAACUGUCAACCUCUGGUUGAACAAGCUCCAGCACAAUCAACUGCAUCAAAGGAAGUCGAUCUCAAGGCCCUAAUUGCGAGAUGUAUGGAAGACUCUUCCUUCCAAGGUAACUUCGAUUUGUUUCUAUUUAUUUCUUUUGUGAUGAAUCCAUGUAAGGUAUCUUAUGUUAUGCAAACUAACAACUUGUUCGAUAUAACUAUACCUACGCCAGCUGUGAGCCAUAUCUGUUUUUGUUCCAUCUCCAAUCGCAAACACCUUCGAAAUUGCAUAUUCAAGGUUGAUUGUUCCUAAAUGUAGAUUCUAACUUGAGUUUGAUGUGUCUAGUGUUUAUUUCCACACUAACAAUAUGAAGAACACCAUGUUCAUAAGCUGCUAAUAUUAUUGGUAAGAGUUUAUUUCCACUAUUACUUAAAAUGAAAAUUUGUUUCUUCCCUCCAGAUAUAUUGGGGCAAGUUGAGACAGUUAUGGGCGAAAUGGGGGCUGAUUUGAAGCUGUAGUUGUCAUGUACCUGUAUCAUCUACGGUGGUCCACAUCACUUCUAUCGUUCCAACUUCCCAGCCAUGAGCUAGUCUCAGCCACCUACAUCCCAUAACAUGUUCAUCCUGAAUUGUUCCCCAUCUCUCUUAUUUCAAAUGUUAUACUUGAGUAGUUAAGUUCCUUGUUAGGGUUUUAUAGCUAAGUGGACUACUAGGGAUUUAUAGCUCUGUCUCGAAAAUGGUACAUUGUCUAACCAUUUUGUUCUAUCGUAAUAGAAAUUUACCAUAGAAAAACAAAUCAAAUUAUAAUAUUA